AUGGAAGAGUGGAGUGCUGAUGCAGAUCCUGUGGGGUCUCGGCUGAUCCAUCACUCUGUACUCAUCGGAAUUUCCUGUUCCAUAGGUCUCCUUGUGGGCACUCUUGAUGUGGUGUUGGACUCCAGUGCCAGAGUAGCACCGUAUCGAAUCCUCUACCAAGCACCAGACUCCUUGGUCUAUUGGACCAUUGCCUGUGGUUGCUCAAGGAAGGAAAUCACUGAACACUGGGAAUGGCUUGAACAGAAUUUGCUGCAAACUCUUUCAAUCUUUGAAAAUGAGAAUGACAUAAAUACAUUUGUCAGAGGAAAAAUACAGGGCAUCAUUGCUGAGUACAACAAAAUCAAUGGCAUCAAAGAGGAUGAUGAUACAGAAAAAUUUAAGGAAGCCAUAGUGAAGUUUCACAAGCUAUUUGGGAUGCCAGAAGAAGAGAAAUUAGUGAACUACUACUCCUGCAGUUACUGGAAGGGGAAGGUUCCCCGUCAGGGCUGGGUGUAUCUCAGCAUUAAUCACCUUUGCUUUUACUCUUUUCUCAUGGGCCGGGAAGCAAAGUUAGUUAUCCGCUGGGUUGAUAUCACUCAACUUGAGAAGAAUGCUACACUGCUCUUCCCUGAUAUGAUCAAAGUGAGCACAAGGUCAAGUGAACAUUUCUUCUCAGUAUUCCUUAAUAUCAGCGAGACAUUUAAACUGAUGGAACAGCUUGCCAAUAUAGCUAUGCGACAGCUCUUGGAUAAUGAAGGAUUUGAACAAGACAGGUCAUUACCCAAACUGAAAAAGAAAUCCCCCAAAAAAGUAUCAGCACUGAAGCGGGAUCUUGACGCUAGAGCAAAGAGUGAGAGAUACCGUGCAUUGUUCCGACUUCCCAAGGAUGAGAAAUUAGAUGGACACACAGACUGUACUCUCUGGACUCCAUUCAACAAAAUGCAUAUUUUGGGUCAGAUGUUUGUUUCUACAAACUACAUUUGCUUUACUAGUAAAGAAGAGAACUUGUGCAGUCUUAUUAUCCCUCUUCGAGAGGUGACAAUAGUGGAAAAGGCAGACAGCUCCAGUGUGCUGCCCAGCCCGUUAUCAAUCAGCACGAAAAACAGAAUGACAUUCCUCUUUGCCAACUUGAAAGACAGAGACUUUCUUGUACAGAGGAUCUCGGACUUUCUGCAACAAACCACUUCAAAAAUAUACUUGGAAAAAAAUAUUUCUGGAAGCUCUAUCAGCUCAGAUGAUGAGGUGUUUACAAGAUCAAGCAGUAUAAUUUCUGCCAGCCCUCAUAAAAGCCUCAGCUCUGAGUCGGAGGGAGAGCGACAGUUCAAUCUCAAUGACAACGGCAUUCCAACAGCAACUCAAGCUUUAAUGACCAUGUAUCGGCGGAGGUCACCUGAGGAAUUCAACCCCAAGCUGGCUAAAGAGUUUUUGAAGGAACAGGCCUGGAAGAUUCACUUUGCUGAAUAUGGCCAAGGAGUUUGUAUGUAUCGUACUGAGAAAACCAGAGACCUUGUGCUGAAGGGCAUUCCAGAAAGCAUGAGAGGGGAACUUUGGCUACUAUUUUCAGGGGCAAUUAAUGAAAUGGCCACUCAUCCUGGCUAUUAUGAGGACCUAGUGGAGAAAUCGAUGGGGAAAUAUAACCUCGCUACAGAAGAGAUAGAGAGGGAUCUGCACCGCUCCCUUCCAGAACACCCCGCGUUCCAGAACGAGAUGGGUAUUGCUGCUCUAAGGAGAGUCUUGACAGCUUAUGCUUUUAGAAAUCCAAACAUAGGAUACUGUCAGGCUAUGAAUAUUGUCACUUCAGUACUCCUCCUUUAUGCAAAAGAAGAGGAAGCUUUCUGGUUGCUGGUGGCUCUGUGUGAACGUAUGCUGCCUGACUACUACAACACAAGAGUUGUUGGAGCAUUGGUGGAUCAGGGUGUGUUUGAAGAGUUGGCUCGCGACUAUGUUCCACAGCUUUAUGACUGCAUGCAGGACUUGGGUGUAAUAUCCACCAUUUCUCUGUCCUGGUUCCUCACUCUUUUCCUCAGUGUAAUGCCAUUUGAGAGUGCAGUGGUGGUUGUGGAUUGUUUCUUCUGUGAAGGAAUAAAGGUGAUAUUUCAAUUAGCGCUCGCUGUCCUCGAUGCUAAUGUAGACAAGCUGCUUAACUGUAAAGAUGAUGGAGAAGCCAUGACAGUCUUGGGAAGAUAUUUGGACAGCAUUACUAAUAAGGACAGCACUCUUCCACCCAUUCCUCAUCUUCACUCACUGCUCAGUGAUGAUGUAGAGCCUUAUCCUGAGGUGGAUAUCUUCAGACUGAUUAGGUCUUCCUAUGAGAAAUUUGGAAGUAUCCGAGCAGAUUUAAUUGAACAAAUGAGAUUCAAACAAAGGCUGAAAGUCAUCCAAACCCUUGAAGAUACUACAAAGCGCAAUGUGGUACGAACUAUUGUGACAGAGACUUCUUUCUCUAUCGAUGAGCUGGAGGAACUGUAUGCUCUUUUCAAGGCAGAACAUCUGACCAGCUGCUACUGGGGAGGAAACAGCAAUGCUGUUGACCGGCAUGAUCCCAGCCUUCCUUAUCUGGAGCAGUACCGUAUUGACUUUGAGCAAUUCAAGGGGAUGUUUGCUCUGCUUUUUCCUUGGGCCUGUGGAACUCAUUCAGAUGUAUUAGCUGCGCGCUUAUUCAGGCUUCUUGAUGAAAAUGGAGACUUGCUCAUCAACUUCCGUGAAUUCGUCUCUGGGCUAAGUAAGGAGAAUUCACAGUACUCUCAAAAUAAUCUGACCAAACCAGUUUGUUUCUAAAGGGAAUCCAGUCUGUCAGAAAUACAUGUGUUGUAUUAGACAUCAGAUAAUGAGUGUGAGUUUGAUGUAUGCCAGUUUGCAUGUCAUCUUUGUUUUAAGAGCUGUUCAUGCUACUAUUCAGUUCAUUUUAUCAUGCCUGUGACAGUGGUUCCCACUGGGAUUUAGGCUGGUCUCAGUAGGUGCAUCUA